CCAAAGGAAACGCUGCUCUGCCAGCUCAGCUGACAACAGCAGCAGCUCGGCAGCCAGGGGAUGAUGGCAGACUCUGGAAGUAACGAAGAAGUGGCUGUGAUCGGUAACACCGACAUCACUUCAACAGAAUCCGAGAGCAACAUUAUCAACACGAUGGUGGAACGAGAGACAGCUCUGUUGAGGAAAAUGGAGAUAAAUGUGGCAGAGGCUGAGAAGAGAACAGGGAAAAACACGGUUAACAUGCAGGAAACCUAUACUGUCUACCUCAUAGAAAUACGAAAAGCCCACAAGCAAAGCCAAAGGCCAGCUGAAACUGUUCCAGGAGUGGGGGCGCCUGCAGCACCUGACACUCUGUGGAGACGCUACAGUGACUUUGAGUUGCUCAGAACAUUCCUCCUGGUCACCUACCCCUACAUCAUCAUCCCUCCCCUGCCGGAGAAAAGGGCGGAGUUUCAGUGGCACAAGCUGUCAGCAGACAACCUCGACCCAGACUUUGUUGAGCGACGGAGGGUUGGCCUGGAAAACUUCCUGCUGCGUGUUGCAUCACAUCCUGUCCUUUCCAAUGACAAGAUCUUCUUCUUCUUUCUGACAGAGGAGAAAGGCUGGAGAGAGGCGGUUUUGGAGACAGGAUUCCAGGAUAAGGCUGACUCCAGACUAAAGUCUCUGAGUGCCAUGUUCAGAGUCAAGAACCCUGACAAGCGAUUCACAGCAAUGAAACAAUACAGUGAUGAACUGAACACUGUCAUCUCUCAGUUACUGAGGGUGAGGGCGAGAGUAGCAGACCGGCUGUAUGGUGUCUACAAGGUCCACGGCAACUACGGCAGAGUAUUUAGCGAGUGGAGUGCUAUUGAAAAAGAGAUGGGAGACGGACUGCAGAGUGCUGGCCACCACAUGGACACGUAUGCUGCAUCAAUAGAUGACAUUCUGGAGGAAGAAGAACACUAUGCAGACCAACUGAAAGAAUACCUUUUCUACACUGACGCCGUCAGGUCAGUUUGUAAGAAACAUGACUUGAUCCAGUAUGAGUUGGAGAUGGCAGCUCAGGACCUCGUCUCUAAGAAACAGCAGAGAGAAGAGCUGGCUACUGGGACAGUACGUGUGUUUUCCCUGAAGGGAAUGACCAGUAAAUUGUUUGGCACAGAGAGCCAGGAGCAGAGGGAGAGCAGGUUGGCUGCUCUGGAGCAGAGCAUCCAGGAGGGGGAGGAAGCGCUCAAGGAGAAGAACACAGAGUGCCAAGAGUUUGUUCAAAUGGCCUGGGAAGACAUCGAACGUUUUAAGGAGCAGAAGGACAAAGAUCUGCGAGAAGCACUAAUCAGCUAUGCCAUUAUGCAGAUCAGCAUGUGUAAAAAGGGAAUCCAGGUGUGGUCCAACGCCAAGGAGUGUUUCAACAAAAUGUGAGCCACUUUCCAGCCAUUCAAUCUCUUGCACCAAAACAAUAGUCAAUCACAUUUUCCAGAGUGGGACCACCAACCAAUCCUUAAACUACUGUCUAAUGAAGAUGGACCACAGGAGCCCAAAUACUCUCCUCACUUUGUGUGCUGCGCUGAAUGAUUCUGUUUCUUUUCCACUCUCUUUCUGUCUUAACACACAUGCACACAUACAUUUAUUUAGAGACAGUUUCCAUGUCAGUCCUAGCUGUCUUAACAGGAACAUUCUCCUGGCAUUCUGCUGAUGUGGUUUUCAUUCCUCUUUUUUGCAAAACUGAAAACACGACCAAGAGGAAACUCCUGCACUAAUAAUAAUGCAUGAUGAUUGCACAUUGGGAAUGGCUGUGCAAUGAAUUUGGGUUGUUACACUAAUCUAUCAUCCUGAAAAAAUGCAAAAUAUAUUCCCCACAAGGAGUAUAUUUCAGUCCGUUUUAGAGAUCAUGCUCUCUUAUGACAAUGUUUUAAAAGGAUGGGGGAAAUACAGCAUCAACCUUGUUUGAAUUAAACAUCUACUGUAAAGGAUAUCCUUUUUAUUUUGAAAAUUAGAAUGGCAUCUAGACUAAAGUUUGCUCAAAUUUAAAUUUUCUUUCAACAAUAGCUUUUAUAACCUACGUCUCUGGGCCUUCCUUAAUGCAGCAGAGCUUUGCAUUGAGAUAAAAGGACAAACAUUCAGGUACCAAUGUUAGAAUUGUUGCCAGGAAUAAAGUUUUUCAGAAUACUUCUACCACUACUUUUUCUCAGCCUAAAAAAAGUGUAAUCUUUUGAAGUUCCUAAUAAUCUCAGUGGGACAUAAAUCACAAACAGGAAGUCAACAUUGUAGGGGACAAUAACCACACUCUAGGAAGUUACUACAAAUUAACUUCCCUUUUCUUCUUCAUUUCCUAGUCAGUCUUUAUGCUGUUUUUGAACGAUAGCUGACCAAAGUGCUUAUGACCAAGAUCUAGUCUGUAUAUUACAGAUCACGGGUGGAGAGCACAGGACAGGGUUUGUCAAGCUUUGGGUAGUUUUUGUUAUUGAUAUUUUUUUUGUUUCUUUUAUGUGCCAAAAGCAAAGAACCAAGAAUAACAUUCAGUCAUGAAGAUCUCACUUUGGUGACUGUGGAUGCUUUUUUUGAGGACUGAAACAUGACACUGCUACGAACUAACCAAUAUGUGUUGUUAAAAGCAACAUGCGUGCUGAAAGUUGAAUAAUUGUGCCUUUUUCUUUGCUGUCAAGCUUUGUUGCCUUAAAAUUAACAUGGGUUUUGUACAAUAGGGGAGGGGAAAAAAGUGUUACCCUCUCUGCCUCACUGAUAUAAAGGUAAUGCACUGAAAAUUAGACAUGAGUUUUGAUGUGCAUGCAGGUCAAUGGUUAAAAAAAAUACUCACCAAAUAGUGGAAACCUUUAACUACUGUACAAAUAUGUCAGUAACUAAAAUCCUGGCUAAAUACAUAUGCUAUAAACAAUACAUGUGCUACUUUAGCCUUCUUUUCGAUAUCUAUCUAAAGACAGAUUUGUGCAAAAGGAUUAUGUAAAAGUUGUGCAGAUAUUUUGUCUCUUUGCUAUCUCUGCUUUUUCUUAACUAGUCAUCAGAAAUACUCUAACAUCCCAAAUCAAGGCUUUUUGUAUUUUUUUAAUGAACAUGUUCAAUAAGAGAUUGUUUUUAUGUUUAUGUAAUCAUUGUGCUAAGACACUAAUAAACGCAUUUCUUUUUUAAAAACUA